UUGUCUCAGAACACGUUUUGGGGAAAACCGAGGGAGAGAACAAACUCAAGAGGGAGCAGAAUGGUGAUUGUCCUCAGGCCUGGGAAGGAUGUUUCUAAUGAUUGAGGAGAGCUCUUUGAUUUCUGUGAUUCCAGGCUGUCGGCUCCUGUGCUUUAAACUAUGGCUGCUACAAAAAAUGUGACUGAAAUAAUUUUCCUGGGAUUUUCCCAGAAUCGGAAUGAGCAGAGGGUCAUUACUGUGACUCUCCUCAUGUACACAGCCGUUGUGCCGGGCAAUGGCCUCAUUGUGGUGAACAUCCUGGCCAGCAAAGGGCUCACCUCACCCAUGUAUUUCCUCCUCAGCUAUGUAUCCUUUGUGGAGAUCUGUUACUGUUCUGUCGUGGCCCCCAAGCUUAUCUUUGACUCUUUUAUCAAGAGAAAAGUAAUUUCUCUCAAGGGCUGCAUCACCCAGAUAUUUUUCCUCCAUUUCUUUGGUGGCACUGAGAUCUUUCUCCUGAUGGUGAUGGCCUACGACUGCUAUGUGGCCAUCUGCAAGCCCUUGCACUACACUGCCAUCUUGAACCAGCAAAUGCGUAGCCUCUUGGUGGGGGUAGCAUGGGGUGGGAGCCUGCUGCAUUCUGUUGGGUAAACCUUCCUCAUUUGCCAGCUCCCCUUCUGUGGCCCCAACAUCAUCGACCACUGCUUCUGUGAUGUCCACCCAGUGCUGGAGCUGGCCUGCGCAGACUGCUUCCUCAUUAGCCUGCUGAUCACCACCAAUGGCGGCUCCAUCUCUGUGGUCAACUUCUUGGCGCCGAUAGCUUCCUACCUGAUCAUCCUGCACUCCCUGAGGAGCCACAGCUCGGAGGCGCGGUGCAGGGCUCUCUCCACCUGUGCCUCUCAUGUCACAGUUGUGAGCCUGUUCUUCAUGCCUUGCUCCUUUGUAUACAUGAGGCCCUGUGUCACCCUCCCUGCAGAUAAGAUAGUCGCCGUAUUUUACAUGGUGGUCACACCUCUCUUAAACCCUGUCAUUUACUCCUUUAGGAAUGCUGAAGUGAAAAACGCCAUGAGGAGACUCGUUGGGAGAAAAGUAAUUUGGGAAGAGAAGUAGAUGAUUUAGUUAGGGAAAAUAGGAGGAGCAGGGGAUAGGAAAUUGGGGCACCUAAGAUCUCACUCUGCAUCUACCUUGCCCAAUGGAGUGAGUGGCCUUGGGCCAGUUACCUGCUUUUUUGAAGUUUCAGUUUCCUCAUCUUACGGGGUUGGACAAGAUUGAAGGGGUCUCUAGCAUGGAGUAAGAGGGGUCUUCUCAUACUGUACUUCCAAAUCUGACAGUGGUCUCCAGACAGAUUGGCUGGUCUAGAGAGAAUAAACUCUUCCAGAAAACCAGG